GGCGAGAGACCAAGAGAGAGAGAGAGAGAGGGCGAGAGAGAAGGAGAGGGUGAGAGAGAGCAGCAGAGAGAGAGAGGGAAAGGGCGAGAGAGAGCAGAAGAGAGAGAGAGGGAAAGGGCGAGAGAGAGCAGCAGAGGGAGAGACAGAGCGAGCGAGAGGCCGGCCCAUUGUGAUUGAGACAGGGGUUGUAGCUGUAGGAGGAGGAAGAGGGGCAGGAGGGAGGUGGUGGUGUCUUUGCUGUACGUUAGAUCUCUCCCUCCUCUCUCAGAGAGCAGCGAGCCUCGGAGCGCGGCGGUCGCUAGCAGCUGGGACUCUACUGGACCCUCACACUGGCUGGCUUUACACUGGCUUUACACUGGCUCUAGGACGGCUGGGUCCUGUUUAGGCUGGGUGUAGACCGGGUUUGGGCUGGGUUAAGGACGGCUGGGGCCUGUUUAGGCUCGACUUAGACUUGGUUUGGGCUGGGUUUAGACCGGGUUUAGACUGGGUACUGUUUAGGCUGUGUUUAGACUGGGUUUAGAAUGGCUCUAGGACGGCUGGGUCCUGUUUAGGCUGUGUUUAGACUGGGUUUAGAAUGGCUCUAGGACGGCUGGGUCCUGUUUAGGCUGGGUUUAGACUGGCUCAAGGACGGCUGGGUCCUGUUUAGGCUGGGUUUAGACUGGCUCAAGGACGGCUGGGUCCUGUUUAGGCUGGGUUUAUAUUGAGAUUAGACUGGGUUUAAUCUGAGUUUAUGUCCUGUUUAGGGUGGAUUUAUAUUUUAGUUUAUGUUUUGAUUUAAACGAUUUGGUCUGGGUUUACACAGGAUUAAAACUGUGUUGAGGCUGAGUUUAGACUGGGUUUGGAUUUGGGCUGGGUGUAUAUCAAGUUUAGAUUGUGUUAAGGGCUAAUUUGGGACUAGGUUUAGAGUUGUUUUGGACUUCACUGGUUUUCACUAGUUUUGACCUGGGUUUCCGUUUGAGCUGGUUUCAGAUUGGGUCUUUGUCAAGUUUAGAUUGGGUUUCGGUUGCAAUUACAAUAGGUGUGUUGUUUCCUUUUUGUUAUGACUGAGUUCAGGCCUGGUUUGCUUUCGGUUUAGACUGGUUGUAGACUCGGUUUGUGCUAGGGUUCUCCCCGGGUUUGGGCUCUUAUAUGUAUUGAGACUUGGUUUUAGACUAGUAUUAGUCUUGGUUUGCGCUUUACACCAGGUUCGGGCUGUGUAUAUGUAUUUAGACCUACACUCGGUUUAGAGUGAGCUGACACUAGGUUUACGCUGGGUCUAUGCUGGGUGAAGGCUGGGUUUAGACUGAGCUCCGGCUGGGUUUGGACCAUGCAGGGCCGGGCAGGUAAAGCCCCCAAGAGGGAGAUGGUCAUUGAGUCCCCCCAGCAGUACAGGAGCCUGGCUGAGAUAGAGGCCGAAGACGAGGCUGGGACACAGCUCACAGUGGUCAGACCUAAGAUGGUGGACCCCCUGGACUAUGAGAGCGUCCUGGUCCAGAAGAAGACCCAGAUCAUCAGCGAUGUCUUGAGGGACAUGCUGCAGUUCCCCACCAACGACUUCCAGAUCUCAAUCAUGCGUCGCCAGGGACGGACGCUCUUCUCCACCGUGCCAGAGAAUGCCAGGAAGGAGGCCGAAUGUUUGUUUGUUCAGGAGGUACAUCUCUGUCUGUCUCUCUCUCGCUCUCUGUCUCAGACUCUCUCUCUUUCUCUCUCUCGC